AUGGAGCCCCGAGCACGAGUUGGCAAGAAUCGCGGGCAGCAGAACUUCAAUGACAAUGAGCUCGCCCAUUUCCUCUAUGGUCAUGGCGACGUUCCUCAACCCCUCGACUCGACCAAACGAAUCCUCGACGAAUUGCUCACCGACUUCAUCACCGAGCUCUGCUUCGAAGCCGCGCGCCAGGCACAGCUCGCCAACCGCCAGAAGAUCAAGCUCGAAGACAUCAAAUUCGCCUGCCGCAAGAACCCUGCGUAUUUAGGCAAAAUGGCAGAGAUGUUCAAGAAGGAUGACGAUAUCAAGAAGGCCAAGAAGCUCCUUGAUGUCAAUGAUGACAAGAUUACUAAGAGUAGUCUGAAGACGAUGGAGGAGCCGCUGGGUGAUGCGGAUGAUGAUGUUGAUAUGGAUGCGAAGACGAUUGGGGGGAGGAGUACUGGAACUGGUGCUGGGAGGUGA